GCGUGCGUGUGUGUGUGUGUAUCAUAAUACGUAUAUAUAUAUAUUUUCCUCUCUUUCUCUUCUUCCUCCGUUUUCAUUGGAAACUUCUAGUCUAGGCAUUUUCGUGCUGCACGCAGUAGCCCCCAAACCCGAAGCAGAUUCCAGCCCUCUCUGGAGCCAAGCGACGAUCUACACAGCGAGGGUCUUCUCAGGCGACGUGUUCUUCGUGAUCAUUGAACGCAAGCAAAAAAAGGCUUCUCAAGCUUCGAAUAAAAAUGGUGGUGAUAGAAUCAGAAGCAGAACCAAAUUCAGAGCACGGACCUGCAACAAAUCUAAAUAAAAAAACUCCAUCAGCUUCAAGAGAUGACACCACAACAACCACUGCGACGUAUAGGGACGCUUCUGAUGGCUUUGAAACUGCCAGUGAAGGCGAUCAUGAAGAAGGGGACGAUGACGGAGAAAGCGCUGAUGGUAAUGAUGAACACCACCAUGUUCAACAACAACGACAACAGCAACAAGAUGAAGCUGCUGCUAUGAAGAAUGACUCCUACGAAGAUGCUUUGAAUGAUGAGGAGCUCAAGAAGAAAGGAAUGGCACAAGCAAAUGAUGCAAAAUUGGAAGGCAACAAAUUAUUUGGAAAUGGGAAGUAUGAAGAGGCAUUAUUAGAGUAUGAACUUGCUUUGCGUGUUGCUCCAGAGGGGCCUUUGUCCGUGGAAAUACGUUCCAUCUGCCACGCAAAUCGUGCAAUAUGUUUCUUGAAGCUGGUAUUUGAAAUGCCACAGGGAAAAUAUGAAGACACAAUUAAGGAAUGCACGAAAGCAUUAGAACUAAAUACGACAUACAUGAAAGCUUUGCUUAGAAGAGGAGAGGCCCAUGAAAAGCUUGAACAGUUUGAAGACGCUAUUGCUGAUAUGAAAAAAAUCUUGGAAUUGGAUCCAUCAAAUGAUCAAGUGAAAAAAACCAUCCGUCGUUUGGAGCCAUUGGCUGAAGAAAAGCGGGAGAAGAUGAAGGAGGAAAUGAUUGGGAAAUUGAAAGAAAUGGGCAAUUCUUUGUUGGGUCGCUUUGGGAUGAGCCUCGACAACUUUAAAACUGUUAAAGAUCCAAACACCGGUUCAUACUCCGUAUCAUUCCAGCGGUAGUAUGGUUGCUCGUCAUUUCAUGACCUGUUUUCACUGGGGAAAACUAGUUGGAGAAAGUGGAAGCACUUUUGAUACAACGAUACGAAUGUUGCUCUCGUAGCAUUAUUCUUGUAAAAUGCUCGAGCUGACUAAAUGUUGAAAAUUUUACCUUAUUUUGUUCAUUUCGGUGAAUGAUGCUUGUUAUAUAGACUGGAUCUGGAUAAGAAAUGCAGGUGCUCAAGUGAUGUGGUGUGGAUGGUACUCUUAAAUGCUUUCAUACUGUGUUUCUGUUAUUACUAUUUUUAAUUGUUUGCAGCUGCGGCUUUAUUUAUUUUAUAAUAUAAUAAAAUUGGUUUUUAUAA